ACGGUACGCGCAACAGUUGCGUCGAGAGACGAGACCCGAAGAAGAGGUACGAGAGUCGGGCGGAUCGUCGCUCGCCGACAUCCGCGAGUUGUUCAGAGUUUUGUUUCUGUAACAAUCGGAAUCUGGUCGAGACUUCUAAACAUCAAUUUACAUCGAAUCGAUUGGCUCUCAAUUAGGAAACCGUGUAACUUCGAAUACCGUCUAAUACCUCUCGCGUUGCCAUGGAAAUUCACGAGGACAGUCGCACCGCGGUCCCGGACUGAGGAUAUUUACAACGUAGUGUCAUAUACACUCCCGUCAGGAUGACGGAGGAGAAACGACUGUCGUUGGGCAUCAACGUUAGCAUUUUGCUGAUAUUGACGAUAUUCGGCGUGCUACUGUCCUUGCCUUUGCGAUUGUUGUUCGACACGAAUUACUCCGACCAGAAUCGCGGGGUUGAGGGCGGUGUCAGUGACCCGCGGGGCCAGAGGGGAAGAGAGCCCGCGAUACCGAUGGAUCAUCGGAAAUUAAGGCGCUGUCCGAAUCUGCAGUACGAGGAUCGCUUGAUGUCGGUCUUUAUGAACGAUUACGACAGAAAUUGCACAUACGUGCGGGACGACGAGUGCGACGAUGACGAGGAUGACGACGAUGAUGACAGCGACUCUGAAGAGGAAGAGGAUAAGGACGAUGAGGAGGUGGAAACGUACAGGUCCAAGAGGAGAAUCGGCAGAGAAAUGAAAGAAAGCGCUGAAGAGAUCUUGAAGACGCGUCAAAUGAAGUCCGUCACGGUGGCAGGCCACAUACUCGUGACGAUGUUGCUCGUAUCAGUAAUAGCUGCCCUCGUUGAAGUACUGCGAAUACGCUUCGCCAGAGAAAAAUCUGACAAGAGACAAGUCCCAAUGCCGUUGAGGAAGGCAUUGGCAGUGGAUGCCUACUUGACAGACGAGCUUGUCAAAUUGGUGGAAAAGAUCCUACCCUUGAGACAGUUAAAAGUGCAUUAUAAAUUAUUGGAGAUAUCAUGUCACGGUAUACCUUGGCUUACGCUCUCUCUCGUAUUCAUUUGGGUUCUCAACAGCAAAACCUUGUACCAAAUGCAAAUCAAUCUUCUAAUAGGUUUGCUGCUCGACAUCAUUUUCGUUGCUCUGCUCAAGGCAAUCACGAGAAGGAGACGACCUGCCACUAAUGACGAUGCAUUCUCUAUAGGACCUGAUAAAUAUUCCUUUCCAUCUGGACAUGCAUCUCGUUCUGCAUUUAUUGUUUACUUCUUUUUCCAUCUGUGGCCCAUAUCUCUGAUAUACACACCACCUUUGCUGGCGUGGUCAUUUUCCGUAUGCAUGUCCAGACUGUUGAUGAGACGACAUCACAUACUGGAUGUGCUUGUCGGUGUACUCUUAGGGAUCUUCGAAGGUCUACUUAUUGGUUAUAUUUAUUUGGAGCAGGAGACAUGCGUCUAUUUAAUUUCAUGGAUUACGGACGAGAAAAUAAAUACAUGAAUAACGUUCGUAUGAUCGCGAUUUAUAUAAGAUAUAUUGGAUUGUUUGUAAAUAUAACUUUAUAAUUAUUGCCGCUAUUAUAUUUUUCACUAGUAUUUAAGACAAUGUAAAUUGGAAAAAUUUGAAAGUCUAAAGUGUCCACAAUUGUACAACUGCACUUUGUAAAUUACAGUUAGUUUUGCCAGAAA